GGGUGGGGCGGGGCGCGAACCUCGGGAGCGAGCCUGGUCGCCCGCCCGGCCGGCCGCGGAGACCGUCGCCAGGCGCCGAGGUUCCCAAUAAGGCUGCACAGAGGACCCCUUAACUGUGGCAAUGGAGGGGGGCCCAGCAGUCUGCUGCCAGGACCCCCGGGCAGAGCUGGUGGAACGAGUGGCAGCCAUUGAUGUGGCCCACUUGGAGGAGGCAGGAGGUGGCCCAGAGCCUGCCAGAAAUGGUGUGGACCCUCUGCCAAGGACCAGAGCUGCCUCCGUGAUCCCCGGUGGUGCUUCAAGACCCCCCCUAGGCCGGCCUAGCCUCUCAGCUAGGAAGUUCUCCCUGCAAGAGCGGCCGGCAGGAAGCUGCCUGGAGGCCCAGGCUGGACCUUAUGCCACAGGGCCUGCCAGCCACAUUUCCCCACGGGCCUGGCGGAGGCCCACCAUUGAGUCCCACCACGUGGCCAUCUCAGACGCAGAGGACUGUGUACAGCUGAACCAAUACAAGCUGCAGAGUGAGAUUGGCAAGGGUGCCUACGGUGUGGUGAGGCUGGCCUACAACGAAAGUGAGGACAGGCACUAUGCAAUGAAAGUUCUUUCCAAAAAGAAGUUACUGAAGCAGUAUGGCUUUCCACGUCGCCCUCCUCCAAGAGGGUCCCAAGCCACCCAAGGAGGACCAGCCAAGCAGCUGCUGCCCCUGGAGCGAGUGUACCAGGAGAUUGCCAUACUGAAGAAGCUGGACCAUGUGAAUGUGGUCAAGCUGAUUGAGGUUUUGGAUGACCCAGCUGAGGACAAUCUCUAUUUGGUGUUUGACCUCCUGAGAAAGGGGCCGCUCAUGGAGGUACCCAGCGACAAGCCCUUCCCGGAGGAGCAAGCUCGUCUCUACUUGCGGGACAUCAUCCUAGGCCUUGAGUACUUGCACUACCAGAAGAUCAUCCACCGGGACAUCAAGCCAUCCAACCUGCUCCUGGGAGAUGACGAGCAUGUGAAAAUUGCUGACUUUGGCGUUAGCAACCAGUUUGAGGGCAACGACGCUCAGCUGUCCAGCACAGCCGGGACUCCAGCAUUCAUGGCCCCUGAAGCCAUUUCUGAUUCUGGCCAGAGCUUCAGUGGGAAGGCCUUGGAUGUGUGGGCCACCGGGGUCACGUUAUACUGCUUUGUCUAUGGCAAGUGCCCAUUCAUCGAUGAUUACAUCCUGGCCCUGCAUAGGAAGAUCAAGAAUGAGGCCGUGGUGUUUCCUGAGGAGCCAAAGGUCAGUGAGGAGCUCAAGGACCUAAUCCUGAAGAUGCUAGACAAGAAUCCUGAAACAAGGAUUGGGGUGCCAGACAUCAAGUUGCACCCCUGGGUGACCAAGAGUGGGGAGGAGCCCCUUCCCUCGGAGGAAGAGCAUUGCAGUGUGGUGGAGGUGACGGAGGAGGAGGUGAAGAACUCAGUCAAGCUCAUCCCCAGCUGGACCACGGUGAUCCUGGUUAAGUCCAUGCUGAGAAAGCGUUCCUUUGGGAACCCAUUUGAACCCCAAGCUCGGAGGGAAGAGCGAUCUAUGUCUGCUCCAGGAAACUUACUGUCGAAAGACAGGUGUGGUGAAGGGGGCAAGAGCCUGGAGCUCCCCGGCGUCCAAGAAGAUGAGGCUGCAUCCUGAGCCCCUGCAUGCGCCCAGGGCCACCGGCAGCACGCUCAUCCCACGCCUCCAAAGGCCCACUGCCCUCAUGCCGACAGCCGCCCCUGCGGGCAGGGGGUUGAGGACUGUG